AUGCUGGUGAACACUAAUGUGGUUCUUUCGUAUGUCACUGUCACAGGUAUGGAGAGCGUGGAUCUGGAUCGCGGAUUUUUCCGGAAGGUGAACGUUCCUGAUCACGCCCACUACAUUGUGGCCUUCUUUGUGGUAGUCAUCGGAGCUGUGGGAGUCAUUGGGAAUGUGCUGGUUAUAUACGCCUUUUUUAGUAACAAGAAGCUACGGACGCCUCCUAACUACUUCAUCAUGAACCUGGCGGUGAGCGACUUUCUCAUGGCCAUCACUCAGUCGCCCAUCUUCUUCGUGAACUGUCUGUACAAGGAAUGGGUGUUUGGUGAAAUGGGCUGUAAAAUCUAUGCCUUUUGUGGGGCACUGUUUGGAAUCACCUCCAUGAUCAACCUCCUGGCCAUAUCCAUCGACCGCUACAUUGUGAUCACCAAGCCCCUGCAGGCCAUCCAGUGGUCAUCCAAACGUCGGACGCUCCUCAUCAUCCUGCUGGUCUGGCUCUACUCCCUGGCCUGGAGUCUGGCUCCUUUACUGGGAUGGAGUUCCUACAUCCCAGAAGGCCUCAUGACCUCAUGCACGUGGGACUACGUCACCUCUACACCUGCAAACAAGAGCUACACCCUCAUGCUUUGCUGCUUUGUGUUUUUCAUUCCCCUGGGCAUUAUCUCCUACUGCUACUUCUUCAUGUUUCUGGCCAUUCGCAGUACAAGCAGAGAUGUGGAGAAGCUGGGGAGUCACGUCAGAAAAACCACCUUGAUUCAACAGCAGUCGAUAAAGACAGAGUGGAAGCUGGCCAAGAUUGCCUUUGUGGUUAUUAUAGUGUUUGUGCUGUCUUGGUCACCCUACGCUUGUGUUACUCUGAUUGCCUGGGCUGGAUAUAGCAACAUUCUUUCGCCCUAUUCCAAAGCAGUGCCCGCGGUCAUAGCCAAAGCUUCUGCCAUUUACAACCCUUUCAUUUACGCCAUCAUUCACUCCAAAUAUAGGGACACUCUAGCGGAAAAGGUGCGCUGUCUGCAUUUUUUAGCGCAGCCACCGCGGAAGGACUGUAUAUCCGUGUCGAACAGUGAGUCGUCCUUCCGCGAAUCCAUGCUCAGCCGACAGUCAUCCGGCUCCAAGACCAAAUUUCACAGGGUUUCCUCCAUGUCCACGGGCGACACGGUCUGGAGUGAUGUGGAGCUGGAUCCACUGGACUCGCAAUCACAGUCCAUCAGAGGAUCCCAGCCUGAGAACCUGCUCCUGAGAGAGAAAGAACGCAGACACCAACAGCAGCAAGGCAAGGCAAAGUCAGGCCAGAGUGAAGAGCAGACAGUCGUCUCAGAGAGCGGCCCACUGAGCCAAUAUGACCACGACCUGGUGUCCGAAUCUGUCAACAUGGCCACUGUACCCCUGCUUAUGGCCAGGGAAACCCCAGGAGUGGGUUGGCAGGACCAGGAGGAGGAGGAGGAGGAGGAGGAAGCAGGAGAAGGGGGGGAAACGGCUGAGAGAGACAUGCGUGGCAACAGCUGUUCUGACCCCCCAAGAACGGGCCUGGCUUUCUACGAGGACUUAGACGUACCGCACAUAAUCAUCAGCUCAACGUCAGAAAACGGUCUGGCCGGGGAGGAGACCGCGUACAAAGAGGAGAAGAGAAACGCCCAGACCCGUGAGGGUAACCUCCUUUUGGGCCUGAAGAGCUUGAACUGCUCAACUGAACUUCUGGAGUCAGUGGAGAAAUUUCUCUCCUAA